CAACUGACAACGUCAAAUCAAUAUAUCAACAAAUUAUUAAAAAUACGAAUUUCAAAUCAAAUAAUGAUUUUUUAUAUAUUAUGAUCCAUAUGUUAGACUAUUAAAAAUGGUUGAUGAAAGCACUAGGAAAACUUUGAGUAAUAUUGCUUUAUUGAAAACAAAGGCAGGUCCCAGAGAUAAAGAAUUAUGGGUUCAAAGAUUGAAGGAAGAAUAUCAGUCUUUAAUCAAGUAUGUUCAAAACAACAAAGAUGCUGACAAUGAUUGGUUCAGAUUAGAAUCAAAUAAAGAGGGAACAAAAUGGUUUGGAAAAUGCUGGUUCAUUCAAGAUUUAUUAAAAUAUGAAUUUGAUGUAGAAUUUGAUAUUCCUGUAACUUAUCCUACUACAGCACCAGAAAUAGCACUUCCAGAACUAGAUGGCAAGACAGCAAAGAUGUACAGAGGGGGUAAAAUAUGUUUGAGUGACCAUUUCAAACCACUGUGGGCAAGGAAUGUUCCCAAAUUUGGAAUUGGGCAUGCUAUGGCAUUAGGGCUAGGUCCUUGGCUUGCUGUAGAAAUUCCUGAUCUCAUAUCAAAAGGUGUAAUAUCAUAUAAGGAGAAAACUGAAAGUGGUAAAUAAUUUGUGCUCCUAAAGAGUGCAUUAAUUCCCUUGUAAGAUUUGGUAUAUAGAAUUCAAUUUCAAGAAUAAUUCUAGAAACCAGAAAGAUAGAAAAUUCACUUUUUCAUACUCAUUAAGUUUUAAUUAUG